AUGACCCGUCACACUCCCGACUUCCUGCGGGCGCGUAGCUCCAACCUGUCGCUGCGCUCGCUCGCCAUGGAGCAGUCGAUGGCCAUGCGUGUCGAAGUUGUCGACAACAAGGUCGACGCAAAGGACCUCAAACCCGAGGCCUUCACGAAGCCCUACCUUGACUUCAUGACCGAGAACCCGACCGUCUUCCAUGCCGUCGAUUAUUUCAAGGAGAAGCUGCUCAAGGCUGGCUACACCGAGCUCUCCAGUCGCAACAGCUGGGCCGGCAAGCUCGAACCGGGCGGCAAAUACUUCAUCACUCGCAACGGGAGUUCCAUCAUUGCCUUCGCCGUCGGCAAGGCCUACAAGCCCGGCAAUGGCAUCGCCAUGAUAGCGGGCCACAUCGAUGCCCUGACUGCCCGCCUCAAGCCGACGAGCACGAAGCCCAACGCCCACGGCUAUAUUCAAUUGGGCGUGGCCCAGUAUGCCGGUGCCCUGAACGAGACAUGGUGGGACCGGGAUCUGAGCAUUGGCGGCCGUGUCAUUGUUCGCGACCCGGAAACGGGCAAGACGUCGGUGAAGCUCGUCAAGCUCGACUGGCCGAUCGCCCGUAUCCCCACCCUUGCGCCUCACUUUGGCCUCAGCAUGACGGGGCACGGCAACCGCGAGACGGAAAUGGUACCCAUCAUCGGUCUCGACAACAGCGACCUCUCUUCAACCACCGCUACCUUCUCCGAGCAAGCCCUCGGCGGCGUCGGCUCGUUCACCUCGACCCAGCCCGCUAAACUCGUCAAGCUCAUCACCAAACAACUCGGCAUCACGGAUCCCAGCACCAUUCUCAACUGGGAGCUCGAGCUCUUCGACUCGCAGCCCGCCACCGUUGGCGGUAUGGACAAGGAACUCAUUUUCGCCGGCCGGAUCGACGACAAGUUGUGCUCCUGGGCCGCCUUCAUGGCUUUGCUGCACGCAAAGUCUGACCCGUCCGAAGGCGGCAUCAAGCUCGUCGCGCUCUUCGACGACGAAGAGAUCGGCUCUCUCCUCCGGCAGGGCGCGCGGGGCAACUUCCUGCCCAUCACCAUCGAGCGCGCCGUCGAGAGUCUCGCCUCCUCCUCUUCGUCCUCCUCCGGAAACGCCACCCCGUUCGGCCCAGGCCUGCUAGGCCAGACGUACGCCUCCUCCUUCCUCGUCUCGUCCGACGUCACCCACGCGGCCCAUCCCAACUUCCCACAGACCAACCUCGCCGGCCACUCGCCGCGUCUCAACGUGGGCGUAGCGCUCUGCGUUGACGCGUCGGCGCACAUGACGACAGACAGCGUGAGCAUGGCCAUCCUCGACCGCGUCGCCGACCUGGCCGGCUGCGUCAACCAGCGCCACAUGAUCCGCAACGACUCGCGCUCUGGAGGCACCGUCGGCCCCAUGCUGAGCGCCGCCAUGGGCGUCAAGGCCGCCGAUGUGGGUAUCCCGCAGCUCAGUAUGCAUUCCAUUCGGGCGACAACGGGCAGUCUGGAUCCCGGGUUGGGCGUUAAGUUCUAUAAGGGGUUCUUGGAUCACUGGGAGGGCGUGGACAGGGAGUGGAGGGAUUAA